UUACCUAUAGUGCAGAAGUGCGCUGUUCUUCUUCAUUACAUGUUGAGUAUUAUCAACGGCCAUUUACGUCAUUUCUGAAAAUAUCGGUAGGUGACACAAUCAUCGUUAAUGGUGGAGAUAGGUGUAGGUUGUGUGUGACUGAAUUUACGUGUCCUGGUGAAAGAAGUAUGGGAAGUUCGCAGAGUACUAAUACGAGAAGAAUAUCAAUUCCGAAUGACGACCCAUCUAGCGUUAUUAAAGUUUCAGAUUCUGUUGUACAACGACUAAAAGGCGGAACAGAAGUUCCGAGGAGUCAGUCAGAAUCUCGCCCAGAUAAAGAAGCGGCACUACAAGAAAACGACCAGUACUGGGAGAGAAGGUUGAAGACGUUGGAGGACAACCAUAUGUUGAUCAGUAGGAAAAUGGAAGAAGAAUACAGGAAAGCUGUAGAUGAGGUUGAGGAAUUGUUCUCGCGUUUGCCAGCUAAGCGUGAGCAACCACCUUGUACGAUUGCUGGACAGUAUGUAAAAGAAUGUUAUCAGAAAAAUCCUAGGGAAGUGUUAAAAUGUUCCAAGGAAGUAGAAGCUUUUGCAGCUUGUGUAGAUAUGAAACGAGUAAACCUUCUCGAUAGCAGACAGUAGUACAUCAUCACUAGCAGAUUUGCAGUUGCAGCAUAUUUUGAAACACCUUUGCUGUAUAACAACAUUAUUUCUUUGGGUUUGUAGUCAUAUUGUGUUAAAUUACUUAUAUUUUAUUUCAAGAUUUAUUUAUUGUUUCAUUAUAAAUUAAAAUGAGUUGUGUAAUUUGAUUGAAUGUUUUGAUUUCUUAUCAGAUAUUAUGUAUUCUUUUAAGAGACAUCCUGCAUUUUGAUUUAGUUCUCAUAUUUAUUUCUUAUAAAUAAUAGUUACUGAAUUUAUUUCAAAUUGUCAUAAAGCUUCAGAACUGUUCUUUGCUGUAGUAAGGUGUUUUAAUAGGUUACAUACACUCAAUUAAAAUUUGAAGUGAAUAAAUUGCAGUGUAAUUUGUGAAAGGACAGUAUUAAAGUGGCUUAUGCAAAUUAUUAUAUGUUA